GUUGGUCUUUCACUUAUAAUAGGCCCUUUCUCCCCAUCUUCUUCCUUUUCUUCUCUACUCUCUCCAAGCGAAUCCAUCUUGUUUCGCUUCCCAUUGACCCUUCCUACGUCACCUUUAGUCCACUCAAUUCCUCUCUCUCACCACAAUGCCUCGCUUUGAGGACUCUGACUUUGGCGUCGAGGGCUCUCCCUCCGCCCCUCCUGCUCGCGGCUCUACACUCGACACCCGCUCUCCUGGAGACCGUGGCAGUAUGGGUGGCCAGCUGCCCAUCCCCAACGACGCCAACAACAUCGUUGAGGUUCCUGCUACCCGCAGCUCUAUCAGCGAUGCCGCUUCGUUCAUGCACAACCUGAGCCUGGCUCCCUCAUCCAGGGACCGCCGCGGCUCUCGCAACUCCUUCGGCACAUCCCUCCCUAUUCCUCGCUCUCCUCGUGUCUCGCGUCUCUCCUCUGUUGUGCCGGCCGACGUUUCCCGUGACAUCCUGGCUUCUCAGAUUCAGGAUAUGUCCAAGGAGAAAGUCGCCGCUGCGAAGAACAUGGCUUUUGCUUUUGACAUUGAUGGUGUGCUGGCUCACGGUAACCACCCGAUCGAGGAAGCCAAGCAGGCCCUGAAGAUGCUCAAUGGCGACAACGAGCUCGGAAUCAAGAUUCCUUACAUUCUCUUAACCAACGGUGGUGGUAAGACCGAGGCGGCUCGUUGCCAGCAGCUUUCUGAGGUCCUCGACUGCCCCAUCUCAACCGAUCAGUUCAUUCAGUCCCACACCCCCAUGCAGGCUCUUUCCGACUACUACGAGACCGUCCUCGUCUGCGGUGGUGAGGGCACGAAGAUUCGUGAGGUUGCUGAGAACUACGGCUUCAAGAACGUCAUCCUCCCCAAGGACAUCCAGGCCUGGGACCCUACCGUUUCCCCCUGGGGCCACUUCAGCGAGCAGGACCGCGCUGAGGCCAAGCCCCGCGACUUCUCCAAGAUCAAGUUUGACGCCAUCCUGGUUUUCGCCGACUCGCGCGACUACCAGACUGACUUCCAGAUCAUUAUGGAUCUGCUGCUCUCUGAGGACGGUCGUCUCCUCACGCGCGCUAAGGACCUCACCCAGGGUCGCAUCCCCAUCUACUUCUCCCAGGGUGACUUGAUCAUGCCUACAGACCACAAAGGCCCCACCCGUCUUACGCAGGGUCUCUACCGUAUCUCCAUUGAAGCGCAGUACAAGGCCCUGACCGGCCUCGAUCUUGAGCGUGUCGUCUACGGCAAGCCCGAAGAAGCCACCUACAAGUACGCAGAUGAGGUUCUGCGAUCGUGGAUGGAGCAAAUCCACAACGAGAACACACUCCCUGAGAACAUCUACAUGGUCGGCGACAACCCAGCCUCCGACAUUUGCGGUGGAAACAUGCAUGGCUGGAACACCUGCCUUGUCCGCACCGGUGUUUUCCAGGGCGGCGACAACGACGAGACGAACCCCGCCAACUUCGGCGUCUUCCCUAACGUCCUUGAGGCCGUUAAGGCCGCUGUGCGCAAGGAGCUGGGCCAGGAGUUCAAGUUGAAGUGGAACCCCAAGGUCAACCCUGUCCUGCACGGCAACAACGCCUCCGCUAUUGAAUAGACGGAGAACAAUCAUACCUUAAAGGAUUGGCGAAAAACAAUUUGGCGUUUGGUCGACAUCUCAUGUCUCAUCUCAUUCUUAUGUUAGACGCACAAGCAUACAGUGCUUUUUGUUGAUGGUUUUUUUGUUUUUCCCAGGUUGGCUACUGAUACCAUUCGUCCUGAUUGAAGUGCGGGCUACACGAUCUCCCGGCUAGCAGGCUAUCACGAUUUUAUUCUUCAUUUCAUUAUAUUACGUGGCACGAUACAGCUUAGAAUUUGGACAAAAAUUAUGUCAUUUUCAGUUCUACGGGUAGAGAUGUUUUGCUUAUUUGUUG